AUGUCAGAGGAGAGCAAACAGUGCGUCGGAUUCAACACGAACGCUUUAUUCUCUCCAUUCGACGCACGUUUCGCCGGCUGUCAACGUUCCGUGCAACGGUGGACUGGAGCGAACCUUGUCACGCUCACCGUCAUCAUGAUCUCCAUUAUCCUCGCCGUCAAUAUGAUCGUCAACAUGGUCAUUGUGACCAUUAUCGUUAAUCUCAUCAUAAUCGUCAUCGUAGUCAGCUACAAUACCUUACGCGGAUAUAAGAGACAUCUAUCCGCAAAAAAAAACGCAAACGAACCGUACGGUAGUACUCUGAGCCGGACUCUGUCGGAGAACGCAGUCCAGUUGAUUACGGGUGGAAUGUUUGAAAUGGUCAACCAUCCGGCUGGAUUAAAAUCCCAGAGUCAAGAGGGUAAUGAAACGCCAUUCCUCGUCCAAACAGCGAAGAAUAAAAGGAACAAGGUCUUCGUUGAGGGGUUCGAUACGCCGGUCGAUCGCCAGGCGGCUAUGAGGCGGUUCAAAACGGCCAGGAUGGCACCUGGAUGUGACCCGACCGUGUUCUUCGCCAGCCUGCAGCAUCCAUUGGAUCGGGCUUUGCUGGGACUGGACAGUGUCGCGCCACCAGUUGCUGUCUGA